AUGCAGGUGCCGCUCCUCGCCUUGGUUGGAACUCUGGCUGCGUUCUGCUGGAGCCAGGAGCGUGGCUUCGUUGAGGGUCAGGGCCCUCAUCGUCCCGCAGGCAGCACUGCCGUCGUGGAAAGCUUGCCACGAGGCUUAACAUGUCGGCGUGGUGUUUCACAAAUUGUUCCGAAUCGCUAUGGCCGCGACAGCCCGGAAUACGAUCCAGCUGAACCUGCCAUAGUCUUGCCCUAUGGCUCUGAGGAGCGGGCUGAAUGGAAGCCGAUUCCUCAGUGGAGAGGAGAAAAAACUUACCAUCCCUGCAAGAAGCUGCAGGAUGACAAGUACCGUCAAUGGUACCAUUUCGAUGCGGAGGGGAAGACCUUAGGUCACUUAGCAAAGGCCGUGGCCAGAACCAUCGAGGGCUUAGACAGUCCACUCUAUGACCCAGCUCGGGACAAGACACCGAGAGCCACGGGCAGAGUGGGGGAGAGUGGCGAGAGUCUUCCACGGGCAGGGGGCUGCGAGACAUCUGAGCGCCACACAGCCAUGCCGGGCCAGCAGGAUGUCGGUGCCUAUGCGAUUGUCACCAACUGUGAGCGCGUGAGGAAUCUCAGAUUUUGA